CAUCUCUCGUCUACCUGCGGUUGUUAUCCACGUCUGCCAAAUUCCUUCCUCUGCACUUUCUUUCUGAAGAUUUGAUGAAGUACGCAAUCUGGAAUCUUCUUCUUCUUCAGAAUCUCUUAAAAAAAUGCCUUCAUUUAUGGUGAGAAGAGAGAAUCUCUUUCCAUUCAUUCAUUCACCAUUCUUAUCUUGCCCUGUUGAAUCUCUCUAUCUCUCUCACCAUUUCUAGUAUCAACUCAAGCCGAUAGAAAGCACAAUACUCUCUUGUCUACUCUCUCUUUAGAUAAUACCCCAUUACAAUCUUACAGAGACCUUGAAUAAGUCUCUCCUUCUUUCUCCCUUUCCUCACGUAUGUCUUAUCAUCUAAAUUCCUCAUCUCCUACAUAUGUGUUUCUAUCCAUCCAAAUGUUUCCACUUAUUCGAACCCAUUUGGGUUUCAACUUAUACCCCUAAGGGUUUCUCCUGUUAGACGAGAAUUCAUGUCCACUAGUUCAUUUACUUUGUUAUCGAUCAGUGUGAGUUUUCAUGCUGAUCAUCCUGAGCUCUAUCAACUUUACCUUUUCGUCAGAAAUAGAUGAUUUCAAAUUCACUUUCUUCCUUCCCCCCUCUCUCAUUCUUCCCAUGUAAAAUCGAUUCUGGUAGGAAGAGGAAAAAAUCGUCUGGAGUUGUUCGUUUGAACAACUCUCUGCCAACUGAUGGCCAAGAUCGUAAUUUGAACCUGGAAUUCACCAAUGAGGAGAAAGACAAUUCAUCCCAACAAUCCUUCUCUAAACAUUCAAACAAUUUCACUAGUUUCCAAGAUGAUCCUAUAGUUGAUAAGUUAAGAACUCAACUGGGGGUUAUACACCCUAUUCCUUCACCACCAAUCAAUCGGAAUGUUAUUGGAUUAUUUGUCUUUUUCUUCUUUGUUGGAGUUGUAUUUGACAAAAUCUGGACAUUAAGGAAGAGAAGGAGGAACAAGUCUGAUGGUGAGAUUCGUCCUGGUGCUUGGCCUCAAGUGCCUACAAGCUUCUCAUUGUUUCUUGAAAAGGAUUUACAGAGAAAAGAAUCUGUUGAAUGGGUGAACAUGGUUUUGGGUAAGUUAUGGAAGGUUUACAGAGCUGGGAUUGAAAACUGGAUCAUUGGCUUGCUUCAGCCUAUAAUUGAUAAUUUAAAGAAACCUGAUUAUGUGCAAAGAGUUGAAAUUAUGCAGUUUUCUUUGGGAGACGAGCCGUUGUCGGUUAGGAAUGUUGAGCGCAGAACUUCUCGUGGGGUCAAUGAUCUGCAGUACCAAAUAGGCCUUCGGUAUACAGGGGGUGGUCGUAUGUUGUUAAAGCUUUCUCUGAAAUUUAGUGUUAUUCCCAUUGUGGUACCAGUUGGAGUGCGAGAUUUCGACAUUGAUGGUGAACUGUGGGUAAAAUUAAGAUUAAUACCUUCAGAGCCUUGGGUAGGAGCUGCUUCAUGGGCCUUUGUCUCACUUCCAAAGAUAAAGUUUGAGUUGUCACCAUUUCGUUUAUUCAACAUAAUGGCGAUUCCUGUUCUUUCCAUGUUCUUGACCAAACUUCUCACAGAGGAUUUGCCAAGACUUUUUGUACGUCCAAAGAAGAUUGUUCUAGAUUUCCAGAAGGGAAAAGCAGUUGGUCUUGUCCCAAAAGACGUCAAAACUGGAGAACUUAUAGAGGGGAACGAGGAUUCUGUUGGAGAACUGUCAGUCACUCUUGUUGAUGCUAGGAACCUUUCUUAUAUUUUCUCCGGAAAAACUGAUCCAUAUGUUAUCUUAAGCCUCGGAGAUCAACUUAUACGUAGUAAAAAAAACAGUCAAACCACUGUAAUUGGCCCUCCAGGCAAACCAAUUUGGAACCAGGAUUUCUAUAUGCUAGUUACAAGCCCUAGAAAACAGAAGUUGUAUAUACAAGUCAAGGAUUCCCUUGGAUUCACGGAUUUUACUGUUGGUACUGGAGAGGUUGAUAUUGCAUCUCUUAAAGAUACAGUUCCAACAGACAGGAUUGUGGUUCUUCGUGGUGGAUGGGGACUAUUUGGAAAAGGGUCUGCUGGAGAAAUACUUCUUCGACUAACAUAUAAAGCUUAUGUAGAGGAUGAAGAAGACGAAAAAGCCGAGGAAAAAUAUAUGGAUACAGAUGAUGAGUUAUCUGAUUCAGAUGAAUCAGAUGAAAGGAAUUGGAGAAGAAACUCAAGUGAAGCAGAUAAAGAAUUGUUCAUGGAUGUUUUAGCUGCUUUGCUUGUUAGCAAAGAAUUCCAGGGGAUUGUGUCAUCUGAAACUGGAAAAUCUUAUGAAGAUGAUAAAAAUGUCGUCUCUAAGGUGUCUAAUUCUAAGUCACGUGAUCUUAGUCUUGAAUCGUCGGCUUCAAUUCCUUCUGAAGAAUCUAGAGGGUCUCCCUUGGUUUGGCUUGCUGUAAUCACAAGUCUAGCGCUGCUUAUUUCCGUAAACAUGGGUGGUUCUACUCUUUUCAAUCCUUGAGAUCCUUUUAGAAAGUUCUAUAAUACAGGUAAUUGCGGUUAUCUGUUUCUGUCCUCCAUUGUGUUGAAAAAUGGAAUAUACAUGUUAUUAUAUGGAUUUUGUUUUUUUGUUAGUAUAUGAUGCAAUACAUCUAUUAGGGUUUUGAUGAA